AUGUCGAGAUCCAGACUUCUAAGUGUCACUUCGGUGGUCUCAAAAACAGGAAUCUUGUGUUUGCCACUAUUCCAGUUGGUGCUAUCGGACUCAACAUGUGAAGAAAAUGAAAUGUGCACAAGCUAUAAAGAUCAGUACACAAAUGGCUGGUAUAUCUGGUUCUUGCUGCUGAUUUUCCUGGUGGCUCUUCUCUGUGGAGCAGUGCUCUUCUGCCUCCAGUGCUGGCUGAGGAAGCUCCCAAAUGGUCCCCGAAGACGCACCAUGGCUGUUUUUGCUGUUGGAGACUUGGACCCUGUUUAUGGGACAGAAGCAGCUGUGAAUCCAACUGUUGGAAUGCACCUUCAAACUCAAAAUCCUGAGCUGUAUCAUGUUCCAUGUUUUGGUGCUUUAGGCCCCCCACCUCCAUAUGAAAAAAUUCUAAAAUCAAGCCGAUUUUAG